AUGGGCGCAAGCGAUUCUAAGCUCGUUUUCAAAAAGGGCAUCUUCCGCUUGUCGGAAGAACGCCACAUUCCAUCUGACGACCCGUCCUGGGCCGCGUUCUGGGAGCUUCCCGAGUCAGCCGAGGACAUCUUCAGCCUUUUCGCCCCUGCCGACAUCCGGCGCACCCGUGACAAUGCCCUUGAGAACCUCGAGACAUUGAUACAGACCGUGACGGGGCAUCUGUUCAUGCUUCGCCACCAUCCCUCUUUUCCUGACCCAGAACUAGCUCCAGACCGAGAGGCGCUCAACUGUAUCCGUGUCCUGACCCGCAUCCUCCCGUUUAUCUAUGAGAAGGAAGCCUUGCGCGAGUGGGAGUACCGUGUGUUUUGGUCUCCUCGUCGUAGGAAGACACGCAAGGCGUCCAUUGCCAGUGAGGUCUUGUUUGAUGGAGGGGCUGCGGAUGCAGACGGGAAUAUCAAGACACCGGCAGAGGAUUAUGAGGAGGUGAAGCCGCUGGCAGAAGAGCUCAUCGAUACCCUGCUGGACUUCCUCUUCUUCUCGGAGUUGACCGUCCCCAAGGCACCACAUGGCAAGCCGAAGGUCACUUAUGCCAUUUGGCAGAGCGGUGUGGGUUGCAACACGUCAAUACCUACUACUAAGGACCAUGAGAAUAAUCGGUGUGAGGUGUUGCGUCUGCUGUUGACGUUGGCCAGCCAGAGCAUGUACCUGUCGCCGAGUGUCCUGCCCCAGCAAGGAGUCAAGGCUCUCACUUACAUCUGCACCUGUCCUGACAAGCAGACCGUUCUCUCCGUGCUAUGCUCUUUGCUCAAUACCACCCUCAAGUACAACCCAGCAAGCUGGAGGGUACCAUACAAUACUCUCGUCUUCAAAGACCCCAGGGAGGUGCUUAUCACAUAUGCCCUUCAGUUCCUUCUGACGACGCUGCUCUACCCCAUCCCUGAAGAGCCGGGUCUCCCAACUCCCAAGAACUACUACCGCCACUACCUCGGCCGUCUUCACCGGCCCCAAGACUUCCAGUUCGUCGUGGACGGCAUCACCCGUGUCCUGAACCAACCCCUUCAUACUACGGCAGCCUUACUUCCUGGUUCCCAGACCACGGUGCGGUUCGCCCCUGAGAUUAUCAUGCUCUUUUGGGAAAUUCUGCAGUGCAACAAGCGGUUCAGGGCCUUCAUCGUGGACACGGAGAGGGCGCAUGACUUUAUCGUCUUGAUCCUCUUCUAUGCUCUCGAGUAUAAGACGGACACGUCCAAGCAAGGAGUCGUCCGAAUGUGUGCCUUCAUCUUACAGACACUCAGCGUGGAAAAGAAUUUUGGUGUCAACCUUAACAAGGCAUUUGAGGCACAGGAUACCCUACCUCCUGCUAUACGCAUUGCCGGUUUUAAGGGCACAUAUGCAGACUUCCUCAUCCAGUCCAUCUACAAUCUGAUCACCACAAGCCAGGGAAAGCUCACAGCAAUCUAUCCUGCACUCCUGGCUGUGAUCAACAACAUCGCCGCCUAUCUCGAAGGGCUGAGUGCAACCACAUGUUCCAAGCUCAUCCAGUUGUUCAGUUCCAUGUCCUCACCCUCCUUCCUGUUGGCCAACGAGACGAACCAUCGCCUACUGCGGUCGUUGCUCGAGGCUAUGAAUGCCAUUAUCGAGCAUCAAUAUGAGAAAAACGCCCAGUUCAUCUAUUCAAUCCUCAGACACAGAAAACGAUUCGAAGCCCUGCGAUCUUUCACUCUUGAAAGCGGCCAGGAAGAGAUCGAGCGGCGCAACCGGCAUCGCAAGGACAGCGGUGCCGACCCCUUCGAGCCAAGCUCAACAAGAACCUCGGUCGACAGCGUUAGAAGCCCAACGGCACCACUCUCUCGAGCUCCAACCCUCGGCGAUGUCCCCGAGGAUGGCACGUUCGCCAUCGGCGACGAGUCCGACAGUGACAACGACCACGAAACCGAGGAGACACGCCCCACACCCGCCACAUCGACCCCCAACGACACGCCCUCCGCAGCAGCUUCCUCCGCAGGCGACGUUGACGACGUGCCCCGGCAGUUGCAGGGCAUGUCGGAGAAGGCUCGCGGCAAGCUGCCGGCCGGCUCAUGCCCGCACGAUUUUACUUUCUCCCGGCAAAACAGCACCACAAAUUUGGGGAGUUUGUCUGGGCCUGGGCCUACGAGCGGAAUGCAUCACCAGGCAGGCGGCUCAUUCGAACCCACGGCGCAGUGGAUCGAUAGUUGGCUGCCUGAACUCCCGCUGCAUACCAUCUUGACUGUCCUUCAGCAAUUGUCGGCGCUACUCCCGCGGCAGGCUAUCUCCUCUUCUACUUCCUCAACAACCCCGUCUUCUCAGAGCCCCUCUUCUGCUACUGCCCCCGAAUAUGCCCCAGCCAUCCCAUCAUCCACCCUCCUCUCCCAAAUCCGCACCACCCACCUCAUCGGUAUCGACCCCUCCCCCAUCAGAAUCCACUCCUUCGAAUGGUCCCCCCUCGCCCUAGGCUGGUACGAGUCCCUCCUCUGGGGGCUGAUUUUCUUUGCGGAAAUGCAGGUCACGGCACGUGGCACCGUCGGCGUGUGGAAUGCGGCACAGGCGGGGAUAAAGCUGUUUCGUGUGCAGGAGACUGCGCCGCAGGGGCCGAGCCUGACGAGUCCUAGGGGCGCGGUUGAUGCAGUGGGGAGUAAUAUUGUCGAGAGAAUUGGCACGGGUUUGGGGGGGAUUACGUUGGGGGGGAUUGGGAGGGGGGUUGUCCAGGGACAAGGGCAGGGGCAAAGGCAAGGGCAAGGGCAAGGGCAGACUUCUCCUGAAAGGAGGUGUGAGAGUGAUGGGGGGUUUGAAAGGGGAGAGGGUUUGCCUUCUUUUGUACAGUGA